AAAAAAACUGUAUUUUUUUGGCAAAGCAAAUGGCAAAUAGCGAUAAUUUCUGCAAGACACUGGUUCAGCCCCGUGUUAGGAGAGCGAAUCUUUUCGCUGGAGUUUCUCGUGAGAUGUUGUGCAGCCGAAUAUUCUGGGGCGAGUCAUCCUGGUUGUUGACGAAACGGGUCAAGACAGCGUUCGCACGGCUCUGUCAUCGCCUACGAAUACUUGGCAAAAUGUCGACCUACCAGCGCUUAGAUGUCCUGAUAGCAAAACAAGAUACAGAGAUGGGAGAGACAAGUGCAACUACAGGUUUUGUUAUUGCUGGCAGCAGACUGGUUGCUGAUGCUGUUGAAGUUCGUAAACAGACUGUAAAUUGGCAGUCCUAUGUCCAUGGUAAAAUGAUUAGUCAGGAAGAUUAUUCCAUGAUAGCUGAUUAUGAUUGCAUGGAUCCUGUUGAAAGAGCAAAAAUUAUCAGCGACAGAGGAGAUCAGCUUGCCAAAACAUGUUUAUCCUUGCUUGUCAAGCUGACAAGAGAUCAUACGAUUCGCUAUAUCCUAGUGCUUAUAGAUGAUAUGCUAAAUGAAGAAAGAAGUCGAGUUGCUGUGUUCCAUGAUUUUGGAAAAAAAAAUAAUGUAAACUUGUGGGGAUCAUUCCUUAAUCUAAUUAAUAGACAAGACCAGUUUAUUGUUCACCAGGCUGGUGUAAUUGUAGCCAAACUUGCCUGCUGGGGAAAUGUUAGACUGCCCGAAAGUGACUUAAACUUCUUCCUUAGUUGGCUGAAAAACCAACUUACCUCUCCAACUUGUGAAUACCUGCACAGUAUUGCACUCUCACUUCAACUAAUGCUGAGAGUGGAGUCUUACAAAGAGGCAUUUUUCAAGCUUGAAGGAAUCAACAGCAUUGUUGCCACAUUGCUGAGAAACAAGAUUGGCUUUCAACUGCAGUACCAGCUCAUCUUUACUCUCUGGCUGCUGUCGUUUGAUCCACGAAUAGCAGAAAGGAUGGUUGGCAACAAUGCAGUGAUACCAGUACUUGCAGACAUCUUGCGGGACUCAGACAAAGAAAAGGUCACACGCAUCAUUACUGCGACAUUAAGGAAUCUUCUUGACAAACCUGAGGAGAAAAAGCGGGAAUCAGCAGUUUCUAUGAUUCAAAGCAAACUGCUACCUGUUCUAUCAAUUCUUAAUGGGAAAACAUGGGCGGAUGAGGACAUAAAGGCAGACAUUGAAUAUGUGUAUGAAAAGCUGAAUGAGGUCGUUCAGGAUCUCAGUAAUUUUGAUGAGUAUGCAGCGGAGGUGAGAUCAGGACGUUUGGAGUGGAGUCCUGUCCACAAGUCUGAAAAAUUCUGGAGAGAAAAUGCUCAUCGUCUGAAUGAGAACAAGUAUGAGUUGUUAAAGGUGCUGAAUAAGCUUCUCGAGAGCUCAGAGGAUCCCCUGAUCCUGGCAGUGGCGGCCCAUGACACUGGAGAGUACGUCCGACAUUACCCACGUGGAAAAACUGUGCUCGAGAGUCUUGGUUGCAAGGGGAAAGUGAUGCAGAUGAUGACUCAUAAUGACCCCAGUGUCCGGAAAGAAGCCCUCCUCGCCGUGCAGAAACUUAUGGUGCAUAACUGGGAAUAUCUUGGCAAGGCCCUAAAGGCUUCUUAGCCAAUCAGGAUCAAGAUAUCUGUCUAGGUGUCCAAUCGGAAUCAUGAUAUUUGUUUAAAUAUCCAAUCAGAAGAUAUCUGUCAAGAUGUCGAAUCAGAAUCCAGUUUGCUGUUUUGAUGACCAAUCAGGAGUUAGCAAAAGAAAUGACAAUAUAUUAUAUUUCAAGGUCAUAUCAAUAUAAUUCUUUUAUAAGAGCGAUGGCCCUAUUCUUGAAUUUGAUUUUGUAAUGAAACAUUCAUUUUUGCUUCGUGCAAGUUAGUAGUUAUUAAUAUACUUGGUUUUGAGGUAUUCCUUAAUUCUCAGGAAUUCUCCAUCUUCAAAAUCUAUUCCUUACAUUCUUUCGUGCAGAGGAGAGCAAUACAUAUUUUGGGAUGAAUAUUAUAUCGAUAAAAUUGUCCUUGACAUGCGCAGUGAUAUCGUUAGCUAUAUUAGAAGCUAAUGGGGGAUAAACGGUAUAUUUUAAAAGUGGUUAUUUGUUCUUGUUUAGUAGCUAGAAUUAGGUAAAAGGUUGAAAAUAUACACCGUGUUCAAAAAACAGAAUUGCAAACGGCAAAUUUCGAUUGGAAAACGAAGUUCUACUCAACUUCAACGAAUGCUAGCCUACCUGUAGGCUUUGAAAGUUUUUUUUCCGGCACGAGAACCCCGAAAACACGGAGUUCGCAUAACCCGGCCGCCAUCUUGGAUAAUGCGCUCUGCAGGGGGAGGGGGAGGAAAAAUGCGCGUAGCGCACUAUCCAAGAUGGCGGCCGGGUUAUGCGAACUCCGUGUUUUCGGGGUUUUCGUGCCAGAAAAACUAUUAAAGCCUACAGGUAGGCAAAACAAAUGCAGAAGAUGUGGAUCAAUCAAAUGAUAAUCCAUCUAAGGGCCUUUAAUGUCUGACUGGCAUGGCUGGAGUUCAUUUAUAACCUUAAUGUUUGCGAAUAAUUAGUCAUACAGUGGAACCUGGAUUUUACGAUAUGCCUCGGGAGAAAGAAAAUGUAUCUUUUUUUGUAAAAUCGAGGUGUCGUUGCAAAGAGGUCCUCGAUUUUACGAUAUCAAGGAAAAUCCAUUGAAUUAUCGUUGUUGCGAGGUCGUAUUAAUUAUCAACCUUUACAAAAUAAUAAUAUUUGUAACUCUACUCUGUGUAGGACUGAACAGUUACUCUCUGUAAGAGUGUAAAUCUGCAUUUAACAAGAUCUGUCAAGUCAAAAAAUCGUUAACUGUACUGUACGUGUGUGGUGUAUGGAGUUUUUCUCUCUUUGUUGAUUCAGAAUCAGUAAUAUCGUUGUAUAUCGAGGUCAAAAUUUCGCUUGGGAGAACAGAUUUGUAUCGUAAAAUCGAGAAUAUUGUUGAGAAAAUGUUGUUGUAUCCAAUUUCGUAAGAUCGAGGUAAUUUCUUAUACAUUUCACUGUAUUUCCGCCGGGAGAAAGGGACGUCAUCAAAAAAUCGAGGCUAUCGUAAAAUCCAGUAUCGUAAAAUCCAGGUUCCACUGUAAUUAGUACAGAUUUUGGUCUUGGAGUGCCAUAUGCAAUUUGCAGGGAGAAUGGAGACUAGCUGUCAAAUCACGUUUCCUGACAGUGGGGCUGAGCGAUCAGGAGAUGGCCAUCUCAGCGAUAAUUGGCAUUUAGCUGACAUUUUUUAGUUAGGUGUAUAAUAGUGAACUACAAACAGAAAUAGCAACAUGUGUUUUCGUAAACGGUUUAAUCUGCGGUGAGAUUAAUCAAGUUGUGCGCAAUAAUGAGUUAAUAAUGUGGUUAGUACACUUUGAAAUACCAAUAAAUAUUCGAAGCCUUA